UUCUUUUUUAACAAAACAAUUUGAUUGGUUAUAAAACAUUACAGUAUACAGUUGGUAAAUUAAUAACUGUAUACUGUAAAUUAACUGUAACAUGGGUUGAAUAUCUUCACAUUUUAUGGUUUUCGGAUUAGAUUUGGCCAAAUUCAAAGUUAAAUAUUAAUAUGAUGAUUUAACGAGAAAUUUGUGAUUUUAGUUGAGAGUUUAUCAAAAUUUGGGUUAAUGUGCCCAUUUUGCUUCUGCUCUCAAUCAAUUACUCCGAAAUUUUAGAUUAAGAGAAAAAGAACUACUACAUUAAAGAGCAAAACACGGAUUAAGUGAUGGAAGAUGUAUAAAUUUUAUACUAUUGACCAAUAUUUCACAUGACUCGUCUUCGGUUUCCUCAUUGUUGGAUUGGUUACUGCUCCGAGAUGGAGUUCUACUUCGUGAAAGCCUGUCAAAUCCAAUGCUUGAUGAUUAUUCAUGUGAUCAUAUUGGAUGAGGCUUAUGAAAAGAAAUUUAAACACGUAAGACCUUUUCUACAAUCAGAUUUGAUAUCUGUUUGCUCAUUGUUUUGUAUGGAAUUAAGAUACUAUUCAAACAUGCACAAAGGCUCUAGAAUAUAUAACUUAAAUUAUUCCUUUGUUAAAAUCCGCGGGUUCCAACUUUAAAGUUAUUAUUGUAAAGAAGAAGAGCAGAUUAAGGACUAAUGUGUAAUUAGUUAUAAGUUAAUCCCUAAGGUUGUACCUAUAUAUAUUGUAAAUCAUUCUACUAAUGAAAUUAAUUCAGCCUACUUUGAUAUGGUAUCAGAGCAGAAAGAUCUAAAGACCUAAAUUUUUUAUUGUUUCUCUCGUGGCCGCCUCCUCUUCAUCUCUUCUCUUCUCUUGUUCUCCGAAACAAUCUUCUUUCCUCUCGAUCUUCUCUUUACCGGCCAUGUCUGCUUCCUCCAAGAUUGUUGCCACUCCUAAUGCAACCUCGCUUCUCAACAUUAACAUGACCAACGUCACAAAGCUGACGACUACGAAUUUCUUGAUGUGGAAGCGUCAAGUGUUCGCUAUAUUCGAUGGCUAUGACUUAGCCGGAUAUCUUGACGGUUCUACUGUUGCUCCUGAUGCCGUCAUCACCACUGUCGGAAUUGCCUCUGCUAAUCCGGCCUACAAACAUUGGAAGAGGCAAGAUCAACUCAAUUAUGCGGCUCUCAUUGGUGCGAUCUCAGCCUCUGUCCAACCGCUUCUCUCUAAAGCAACCACCACGGCUGCGAUCUGGCGCACCCUCCACGACACAUACGCCAAUCCAAGCCGCAGCCACAUCAAGGUGUUACGCGGCCAACUCGAAAACUGGAGAAAAGGUACUAAAUCGAUUGAAGUGUAUUUCCAAGGGCUUACCAUAAGCUUUGAUGAAUUAGCUUUGCUUGAGAGUCUGAUUCCUCAUGAGGAUCAAAUCGACUACAUCCUUGGAGGUCUUCCUGAGGAUUACAAGCAAGUUUGUGAUUAGAUAGAAGGUCGUGAGAGACCACUGUUGCUGACAGAGAUUCACGAAAAGUUGAUCAACCAGGAGCUUAAGAUUCAAACUCAACUCAUGGCCUCAUCCUCUGUUCCAAUCACCGCGAAUGCUGCUUCAUACAAGAACAACAAUGCCAACAAUGGUAAUCGCAAUCAAAACCGUUCACGUGAAAAUCAACCGUGGCAGCAACAAAACAACUUCUCACCACGUGAUGAUUCUCGUGGAUCACAAGGCAGGGAAUAUCAAGGUAAAUGCCAAAUUUGUGGUGUUUACGGUUACAGUGCACGACGAUGCUCGCAGCUCCAAGCAUCGGGUAGUGGGUAUCCAUCCUCCGGUGGUGGCUAUCCCUCGUCACCGCACCAUGGCAGCCACGCGCAAACGUAGCUACUGCGCAAACAUACAACAACCCAUGGGUCUUUGAUACCGACGCCACUCAUCACUUGACGUCGAAUCUUGCGAAUUUAUCUCUCCACCAGCCCUACAAUGGAGGAGAAGAGGUCACCAUUGCAGAUGGCUCUGGCCUCCCGAUUACACAUACCGGUUCUGCGCAUCUCUUACUCCUUUUGGGCCGCACAGCUCCGUUGCUUGGGCCUCACGUUUUGGUGUUUUCAAAGUAUCGAGUCGGUUUGUGUUUUGUUAUCUUAUCAAGAUUUAGCUAACUCCAAAUCUUUGUUAAGAUUAGUUUUCAGAGUUUUAUUAGGAUUUGACGUUAUCGUUUAAGUUGUAUAAAUAACGUCUUAGGUGAGUCUUUGUUCUGGAGUUUUUACAUUGAGAUUAAUAAGAAUAUCGUUUGGUUUUAAA